UGUGUACCACUGAUCCAUUUAUAUAUUUCAUCUUCAGAUGGGAUUAUUGUUUAAAAAAAAAUGUUUUUAACCUGGAAAUGACAAGAUUUAACAGAAAACUGAUAUUCUAGAAAGGAUUAAAUGAUCAUAGGAUGGUUCACUCUUAUCUUUGGUGAUGUGACAACAUGAUCAAAUCUGUGAUAUUCUGAUUCACGGAUUAAAAACUGCCUACAUUUUAACUGUAAGUGCAGCACAAGCCAUUCAUUGUUUCAUGUUGGGUUAUGUCAUUUAAAAAGACCCAUGCAGAGCCCAACACCGACAUGGGACAACCCCCAUCCGCAUACCUCAGCGUAAAAGAGCCCCGUGGAAAGACACGACGCGCUCACUGAUACGCUGCUGGUCCACUCAACGGGGCUGAACUGGAAACUUCUCCAUCCACGACUACAGAACCAGCAGCACUCUCUCACACUGCAAGUGACAAUGGCUGCCAAAAACCGACAGAAGAACAGCGAGAAGACCGCUGCGCCCAGCCAAGAAGAUGCGUCUAAGAGAAGCCAAAAGAGUAGCAGCACUAACGGGGUGAGUGGCCCCGCGCCUCAGGGUCCGCGCUCAGGUAGCUGCCUCGGGCUCCUCAUCACCACCGUGUUCUAUGUUGCUUUAAUAGGCGCUGCAGGGUUCGCUGCGUUUUAUUUACAGCAAGUAGUGGAGGAGAUCCGCCAGACUAAUGCAAAGCAAGAGCAGAGCGCUCGACAAAACGCAGAGCUGGGCAGCAAAAUGGAAAGUUUGCUUCAACAGGUGGACUCUCUGAGGAGCAAUUUGGACGGUCUGGAGUCAUCAUUGGGGAUCACACGGGUGGAGCUGGAGGCAGCUGUCAGCAGGGUAAAGAGGGGCGAGGUGGAGACCAGGAGAGUGGAGGAGACUCUCCAGAAGCUCCAGAAUGAUCUACUCAGGGACCUCUCAGAGGGCAUCAAGGAGGUGAAGGAGGCUCGAGAGAGGGAUUUCUCCUCUCUGGAGAAAACUGUGGAGGAGCGCUUGGCUGAGGUGAGUCAGUCCAUCGCAGCCAGCGUGGCCGAGUUCACCGGAGCUCAGGGUGAAGCGCAGAGCCAGCUGGCUGAUCUCAAAGCCCGUCUAGGCGACGCUGAAGACCCUGCGCUCAUCAAACAGGAACUGUCCGCCAUUGUCAACGUCGUAGCUGAAAUCAAAACAGCCAAAGAGGCAGCUGAUGCAACAGUUGAUUCCCUCAGACAGCAGAUAGGCACAGUGAGGGAGGAGCUGCAAACUCGCAACCAAGAAGUAGCCUCUCUGUCUCAGGAGGUUGAAACGGUUAGGUCAGUGGUGCAAGACACCACUGGAAGUCUGAAGCAGACACUGUCUGCAUCAGAGGCUGGAGUUCAGGCUCUGAAGGACCAAACUGCGACACUGCAGAGCAGCAUGAUGCAGGUAACUGAAGCUGUUCGCAGCCUGGAGGAGAAGGUGGAUGCAGAGGCUGCUCAGGCUCAGAAAAAAUCAGAGGAGCUUGAAUCCAGAGUGAAAUCCUCAGAGGAGAGCGGAGAUUUGCUGUCUGCAUCAUUGUCAGACAUCACCACCAAAGUUGAAACAUUGUUUGCCAAAUAUGAUGCACAUGAGAGCAGUCUAACUGCACAGGGAGAUGCAGUGGAGCGAGCCAAAACAGAUCUGAAGCAGGAGCUGGAGGCAGUAAAAAGCAGUGUGGAGGAGCUGCAGUCCAAUGAAGCACAGAAAGGAGAAGAUUCAAAAGACUCCAGCCUUCAGCAGAUGGAGGAUUUGGAGAAGAGGCUCGCUGCUUUGGAGGACAGCAGUAGCAGAACGAAGCCUGAGCAGCUGGAGGGCCUGAAAACCAUGGUAGAUGGAUUGGAGAGGAAAGCAGCGAAGCUCGAAGGCCAUGAUGAGGCCAUUUCUGCCCUUCAAGAAGCACUGCAGGAGACCACACAGAAACUUUCUGUCUUAUUUGAAGGAAAGAAGGAAGAGGAGAGUCCUUAGCUAUGCAUUGUCACCUCAGGAUACCAAAUAUUAAGCAACAAGGACAAUCAGAACUGGUCACAAUAGCUCAUUUUUACAUUUUCAUGAAGAAUUACUUCUCAAACUUGACAGCUGAUGUCAUGAUGUUGCACACUUUGGUAGAAAACGGGGAACAUUAGGAGCGAGAGGGACAGAGCUGAACUGCUGAUCUGUGAAUUCAAAUCCACGCUCAUUCUGCACUGUAGUUUCAUUUUCUGACGUUUUUAUUAUUUUUUAUUCUGUGUUUGUGCUAAGCCAGUUUUUUUUAAUAUCUUUACAUGAAAAAAUGCUCGUUUUGGGCUCUCCAUUGUUUACUCACUACAUGAUGUUGCUUUCUUUUCUUUUUUUUUGAAGAAUAAAAAAAUCUUGACUUGAAGCUGUGAAGAAUUACUUUGGGUGUGAACCAGAUCAAAUUAUUUCUCUUUGUGGUUCAGCUGCCUUUGCUGUUCCAUCUCGAGUGACAGACUGAUAUUAAGGGUGGAGAUAAAUAUGUCUGGAUUUACUCAGCAGGACUAUUACAAUCUGAAAUGAUUUAGCAGCAACACAGUUCACACAUUAUUCUGCUUGUAGGAUUUCAGUUGAUGAAAUAUUUGGGUUUUACUUCUGUGUUAGAUUUAGCUUGUGUUGUGUUGAUGUUCACAUCACUGCUAACAAUCUCAGACAGGUUUGAUCUUUAGUUUCCAGGUGAGCUUCAUUGAAAGGAAACUACGGAAGGAGGAUGUUCUACAUUAUUAAGACUGUCCCAGUUUCCAUGCAGUCAGGAGAGAAAAAAAAAGAUCGUUCUGUAAAUGAAAAGGCUGAAAUA